UAUGGUUCAUGUAGAGUACAACUGAGCAAGAUGGCAGAGGGAGGUGUGACCGAUCAAGUCUUGGAUGAGACUCAGAAGGAACUUCAAGAAUGUCCUAUCUGUUACACUGAGUACAAGGAUCCUAGGAUGCUAGACUGCUCACACAGCUUCUGCCUGAAAUGUCUCCAAGAACUCAGACUGACACAAAAUAAGGAUGACAAGAAUAUUGUCUGUCCAUUGUGUCGAAAGGAAACUGCCCUGACUGAAGCUGGCGUGGACAUGCUACCUGGAGGAUCAAAGGAUGUCAAUCAACAGGAGCAGACUGAAGGUCAGGGGUUAAAAGUCAUGUGUCAGGUAUGCGAUGAGGCGGAGAACGAAGCCAUUUCUCGAUGCGUGGAUUGCAAGCAUUAUCUUUGUCAAGAAUGCCAGAAGGCACAUAAUCGAUUUGCAGCACUGAAGAGUCACAAGAUUGUGGCUUUGACAGAGCUACCAGUCGAGUCCCAAGAAAUAACUGGAGACACUGAACUCAAGAAAGUUCCCAAGUGUCGCGAGCAUCCAGAUGAAGAUCUCUGUCUUUAUUGUGACUCAUGUGAGGUCCUCAUAUGCAAUGAAUGCACAAACUUUGACCACAAAGAAUCCAUGCAUUCUCACAUCAGUGUUGAUGAGGCAUUCAAUAAAUGCAAACAAGAAGUACAUGAAUCUGUAUCUAAAACAGAAGAGUACAUUAAAGCAUUCAUUGCUGCCAACCCCGUUUCAAUAAAGCAUUCACGAUACAGACUUGACAAGAUGCUGGCAAAAACAUACAACCAAAUUUCACAGAAAGCAGAAAAAGAAAUUGCCAAAAUCAGAAAGAAAGAAAAACAACUAAAAAAACAAGCCAGGGACAUUGCAAUGAAACGAGAUAAAGACUUUGCAUGUGCAGCAAUACCACAGCAGACUCUGAGUAAAGUGAAUGAAGUGAUGACUACAGCAACGUGCUAUGAGAUCCUGGAGUCCAAGAAGAAAAUGCUGUGGGAUUUGAAUGAGCAGGUUAGAGUGCAUAAGAGUUUGGAUAUCAAUCAUGGGAAGUCAUUCCUUGGCUUUGAGGAGAGUAAAGAGGAUGGUCAGCUUGGGACUCUGCUCUUGGAGGAGAAAUGGGAGAGAGACAAGACCUUUUCAGAACAUGUGCACGGUAGAGACUAUCUACAUACAGCAGCAUACUCCACAAGUGAAAUUGCUGUGGUAUGCAGUGAUAAACUGCUAACAUUGGAUACAACAGGGAAUGUGAUUUCUACAAAGACCUACAAACCUGACAAACCGAACGAACCCCAUGACCCUAAUGACAUACAGAAUCCAACAGCUCUAGCCAUCAACAAGGAUGAUCAACUUCUGAUCCUAGACAAUCCUGCAGUCAAGAUCUUCAACAAGGAAUACCAGCUCCUUCAUCAGUUCCUACCUGGUAAAGAGGCCGGCGUGGACGGCACGCCGACGUGCCUGGCAGUGGACAGCAACAAUCUGAUAGCAGUGGGUUACAAGGACAAGGAACAGAUAUCUCUACACAACCCAGAUGGUCCCCUCGUCAGAACACUGCCUGCUCCAAAGGUCGAUACAUAUUUGAAGUUCAGCAACAAGGGACUCAUAUACACUAACUACAAAGAGGGUUUGCUGAUGGCUGUUGACUUACAUGGCAACAAACUGUUUAACCAAAGUUUUAGGGAUCCUAGUGGGCUGUGUUGUGAUGAUGCAGGUGAUAUUUACCUUCUUGCCUCAAUUAAAGAGAGGAAUCAUGUAUACAAAAACAUUUGCCAUUUUAGUGCAGAUGGCAAGUUCAUUUUCUCAUGGAACUUUGGGGAUCAUUGUGAUAUCACAUACACACUUGCUCAUAAAUUAUCAUGUACAGGAUAUGACAUGAGAAGAUAUCACUUGGUUUAGAGACAUCA